AUGCGUGUUGACGACACAUUCGAAGCGAUUCAAAUGCACAUUGGGUCUCUUUCUCGGCAGCUUUUUGAAGGGUUGGUGAUCUUUCAAUUUCAAUUGCCAUUGCAAGCCGUCCAAACUGCCGAUAUGCCUCACCGUCUGCCGGUUCACAAGCUUCUACACCUUCCCAACGAAAACGAUGCAAUCCUUUUGGUCUAUGGUUCAUAUUUUUCCAUAGUUUCGUCAAGUACGGGACAACUUCUCUUUUCUCCAAACGAACCUACGAACGGAAACAUUCGCGCCCUAGCAUAUCACCCUGAAACCCGACACUUGGCAGUAGCAACUGAGACAAAAGAGUUGGACGUCUGGGAUAUUGGAACGUAUCAAAAAGUUAGCUCGAGAACGACCAUCAAACGGGCGAACUGCCUGGAAUUUUCGAGGGACGGUGAACGGGUGUUAUGUGGGGACAAGUUUGGGGACGUUUACAGUUUCAAAUCAUCUGAUGCGACAGAUAAAGAAUCGCUCAUGCUGGGGCAUGUGUCAAUGCUCACUGCGAUGGCAAUAACGCCGGACGGCAAGCAUAUUAUCACGGCGGAUCGAGACGAGAAAAUACGUGUCUCACGGUACCCACUGUCUUUCGACAUUGUACAAUUCUGUUUGGGACACAAAGAAUUUGUAUCCGCGAUCCAUGUUUUGCCUUUCGCUUCUGAAAUCCUGGUUUCUGGAGGAGGCGACCCCUUCCUGUGUGUAUGGGACUACAUGAACGGUAAACUGCUGCAACAGAUACCAAUAGGAGAGGAGGGAUCUGUGGUGAUAGCUAUCAAAAGUUGCAAAAGUACAAGGAUGUUGGGUGUCCUUCUUGAAGGGCGAUCCGAAGUGUUAUUGUUUAACGCCCAAAAUCCCACCAAUAUCCUUCUGGCCCAGAAGCUCGACAUUGGAAGACCUGCCCUUGAUAUUGCGUUUGAUUCUGCUGGAAACUUGUGGAUUGCGCACGAGCCGACAGAGAACGGCGAUUUGCUUUCUCUCUCAAGGGUGAUUGGAGAAACAUUUCAGUUAAAUAUGGGGGAUACGUUGGUUCAAGCCUUCAAUGAAAAGGGUACUCCGUCAGUGGAAACCUUACCCGAGUACCACGCAACAAGCAAACUUCGUAAAAGUGGACAAGCUCCACCGCCGCGAAUAGAUAAGCGGAAGGGGGGCAAUAACGCGGGAAGCGGGGCAGAGCAAAAAAAAAUAAAAGUGUAGCUCAUUCCGUAUUAUAUAGUAUUAUUCUAGACGAAUGAGAACCUUUUUUGAGAUUUGAAGAUGAGUCAAGUAUGCCCAGAUGAUACUCCACUAAGA